CGGUGCGAGUAGGGCGAGUGACGUCAGAUCAAUAUGGACGUGCAGUCUGUGAAUAUGAGUGAGGACAGUGAGGUGACUCUGAUCCUGGACCCAGAGAAGAGCACGUUUAUCGGUAAUGCUCCUCUAUACCAGUCAGCUGAUGAUCCCACUGCCUUCUACCUUGAUGAAGCGCUGACUGUGAGAGUGGACCUCUACACUACUGUAACCCAGCAUGAGGAUAACAUCUACAUCGUGGAUGAUGUGCCCCUCCUGCAAAAUGAAUCAUUUAACAAAGAGCAAACGCUCUUUUUAAUCUGCUUGAUGCGUGAGCAGUUGGAGACAGAUGGCGAAAGUCUGCUUAGGGCUUUAAAGGAGCUGAAUCCUCAGACAAAGCCGAGUCGAAGCCGCAAGAAACGGGUAUGGAGGGAAAUGGCUAACAGACUUUCCAAACACUUCAACGAGGUCUUCCAUCCUGAUCACGUGGCGAGACAAUGGUACUCACUUGAGGACGAAUACAAAAGGGCAAAAGAUGAUAUUAGGAUGCCGAGUCAAGAAGAGGUGAUGUUUGAGUUUUUUAAUGAGAUGGAAGAGCUUUUAGGUGGGCAUCAUGAUGUCGAAUUUCCUAUCGUCGGCUCGGUGAAGGGGGUAGAGGUGCGCAGGCCGAAGGCGUUAAACGCAGACGGUGGAAGAGACUCGCCCGCAACAGCGAACACGGGGUCGGCCACACCAGCUGCCGCACCGACGGCUUCAGCGACACCAACGCGCCCUCCUUCGCUCAAGCGCAGGAGAACAGACGAGCACUAUUUGGAUCUUCUGGACUUUUUAAAGGAAUCCAUGGCAGCUCGACAGCGGCGCCACGAGGAAACUCUGGCACAGAUGAAAUCGGCUCAGGAUGGGUUUGAGGCUUUAAUGAACAGAUUUCUGGACAAACUCUGAUCUUCUCUUAGUUAUAUUCCUUUACAUGUUUUUUCUCACACAUUUUUAGUUUUUUACAUUUUCAUCUUUUACUCACAGUGCAAUAUCUCACUGACUGGACCCUGUUAAUAUAUUUAAUACUGGUGUACUUAUAAUAUUUUAUUUUGUCUUCUUUCGUAACAUUUGAAUUCCUGACUCUAAUCUGAAAACUUGGAGUAAAGAAAUUUACAAAUA